UCUCUCUCUCCCUCUCUCUUAAAACUCACACAAGAACACAUAUAACUGCCAUUUGCAGACUCUCUCUGCAAAACUUGUUUUGCAUUAUUCAGAAACGAAAUUUCCCUACAAGUUGUUUUUUCCUUGAUUUCUUCGUCCUAAAGUUUUCUGGCCUUUGGUUUUCUGUUUGGGGUCCGAGAAAAAAAGGUGGGAAAAGAAGAGAAAAUACUCAGAACUUUGGGAAAAUCAGGAAGGAAACAAUAACAAGCGUCAUCCUUGUUGGGUUUUGGUCGGAUACAUCAGUCUAGCUUUUUCUGACAUGGGUUUCCAUGAUGUGGGAAAAUAAGGUCUACUAUAUCGUGCGCCUCUUCGAGUUUCUAGAUAAGUAAAUUUCAAUACCGAAGAUCGGUGAACAACGGGAAUCUGAAUAUCACAAGUAUGAAUUCCAAGGGGCUUAAAUUUGUAAGGUUUGAAGAUUGGCAAUCGGAGAGUUCUCUAAGUUCUGAAAGAGACGCUUCUGCUGAUGAUGGACGAAAUCCAAGAAGAGCGAUACCAUCUGUGAAUGCAGUUUUGAGGAGUAUUCGGAGAGGACUAGAUAGAGGUUCCGACAGGUUUAUAAGCUCGAAAAAACCAUUAAGUUCCACUUCCGUAGGCAACCGGCUAGCAAAUGAGUCAGGCUCGAGGAGGAAAAUUCUUGACCCUCAGGGGUCAUUUCUUCAGAAUUGGAAUAAGAUAUUUGUGCUCUCUUGUGUCAUUGCUGUGUCCUUGGACCCGCUGUUUCUUUAUACCCCGGUGGUUGAUGGCAAAUACAAAUGCGUUGAUUUGGACAGGAGAUUGCAGAUCAUUGCUUGUGUUCUUCGAUCAUUUACCGACAUCUUUCAUGUACUUCACAUCAUCUUUCAGUUCCGCACGGGGUUUAUUGCCCCAUCUUCUCGCGUAUUUGGGAGGGGUGAGCUAAUUGAUGACCCCGUGGCCAUUGCGAAAAGAUACUUGUCCUCAUACUUCAUCAUUGACAUUCUAGCCAUUCUUCCAUUGCCACAGGCUGUAGUUUUUAUUGUAAUUCCUACAAUAUCACUUCCGGUUUCACUGGUCGCAAAGGACAUGAUGAAGUUUGUAAUCGUUGCGCAAUAUGUGCCGAGAUUUUGGAGGAUCUAUCCACUCUACAAAGAAGUAACAAGAACUUCUGGCUUCCUGACCGAAACAGCAUGGGCCGGAGCUGCUUUCAAUCUUCUGCUCUACAUGCUAGCCAGUCAUAUAAUUGGAGCCUUUUGGUACUUGUUCUCCGUGGAACGUGAGUAUAGGUGCUGGCGCGAUCAGUGCAAUGGAGACCGUCGUUGUAAGAAGUUCCUGUACUGUAAUUCUAAGAAUGACACUGAUGCAAGCUUUGUGGCAAAUAAAAACGCUUCUUGCCCUUUCAUUGACCCGGGCGACAUUAAAAAUUCAUCGGUGUUCAACUUUGGGAUAUAUUAUGAUGCUCUGGCGUCUGGUGUGGUGGAGACAAGAGAUUUUCCAAAGAAAUUGUCGUUCUGCUUCUGGUGGGGACUGCGCAACCUUAGUUCACUUGGCCAAAACCUCAAAACAAGUACAUUUGUUUGGGAGAUAGUCUUUGCAGUUACCAUAUCGAUUUUGGGAUUAGUUCUGUUUUCGUUGCUCAUUGGCAAUAUGCAGAAAUAUCUGCAGUCCACAACUGUGAGAGUAGAAGAAAUGAGAGUGAAAAGGCGCGAUGCAGAACAGUGGAUGGCACACCGAAUGCUCCCGGAGAACUUGAGGGAAAGGAUUAGACGGUAUGAUCAGUACAAAUGGCAAGAAACAAGAGGUGUUGACGAAGAUACUCUAGUUCGUAACCUUCCCAAGGACCUACGAAAGGACAUAAAGCGCCAUCUUUGCUUGGCUCUUCUCCAGAGAGUGCCAAUUUUCGAAAAAAUGGAUGAACAGCUGAUGGACGCCAUGUGCGAUCGCCUCAAGCCAGUACUAUACACGGACAAGAGCUAUAUAACCCGAGAAGGUGAUCCAGUAGAUGAGAUGCUGUUUAUCAUGCGCGGAAAUUUAGCAACCAUGACUACAAAUGGUGGAAGAACUGGCUUCUUUAACACUGCUGAUCUUAAGGCUGGUGACUUCUGUGGAGAAGAGCUUCUUACAUGGGCCUUGGAUCCAAACUCCUCCACCAAUCUCCCCACCUCAACUAGGACAGUGGAAGCUAAAACCGAGGUUGAAGCGUUUGCGCUCAUGGCUGAUGAUUUGAAGUUUGUCGCCUCCCAGUUUCGGCGCAUGCACAGCAAGCAGCUCCAACACACUUUCAGGCUCUACUCCCAGCAGUGGAGAACAUGGUCAGCCUGUUUCAUACAAGCAGCAUGGCGCCGGCACUGGAAGAGAAAGCUCGAGAAGUCGUUACGCGAAGAAGAGGACAGAUUGCAAGAUGCUUUGACAAGAGAUGCAGGAACCUCACCUAGCCUCCUUGCCGCUGUAUAUGCAUCAAAGUUUGCAGCCAACGCGCUGCGAGGGUUGCGACAAAAGGGUAACCGCGACACUAGACCGCCACCAACAUUGCUGCCUCUGCUGCCUCAGAAGCCCGCUGAGCCCGAUUUUACUGCAGAACGUCACUAGAUACAUACAAGUUUACUCUUAGAGAGAUUUUUGUGUAUAGUUUAUUGCUCUUAGUGAUUUUCUGAUGCGUUGA